AUGGCUAAAGCUGAAAUACCAACUCUUUAUUUUUCUGGGGAGGCACUGUCGUCUGGAAGUGAGAGCAGAAGGGAACUAUGUAACCGAGUAAGAAAGGCAUGUGAGAGCCAUGGUUGCUUCCUUUUAAUGUAUGACCAUGGCAACAUCCCUGCAAAACUACGUCAAAAUUUAUUCGUUAGCAUGAAGGCAUUAUUUGAUCUUCCUGAAGACACCAAAACCAAGUACGUAAAUCCCAAACCUUAUCGAAGCUACACCGGUAGAAGUCCCGUGAUUCCCUUCUACGAAAGCUUUGGUCUUGAUGAUGCACAUAAGCUUGGUCAAGUUCAGGAUUUCACUAACCUCAUGUGGCCACAAGGCAACACUAGUUUCUGUGAGAUAUUGCAUGUCAUGAGCUCGAAGAUGCUGGAAAUGAAUUUGAUGGUCUUGAAGAUGAUCUUUGAGAGCUUUGGCAUGGAAAAGCACUAUGAUUCUCACAUUCAGGACAGCACUAGUCUCUUCAAGGUAAUGAAGUAUAUUGCUCCUCCAAGCAACGGCCGUGGCAGUGGGGAAGACUCAGCCAUUGCUUUACGUGCUCACAGGGACAAAAAUGCCAUCACCAUCUUAUGUCAAAAUGAAGUUCAGGGUCUUGAGGUUGAAAGCAAAGAUGGGGAAUGGGCACGAGUCAUGGUUCCUCAAGAUGCUUUUGUGGUCAUUGUUGGUGAGGCACUCAAGGUCAUUAACGCCAAGCUCUCUCAACUUGUAUGGAGCAAUGGGAGGCUGGAAGCAGCAAGGCACAGGGUGGUGAUAAAUGGGAAAGAAGAUAGGUAUUCGUGCGCCCUCUUUUCAAUGCCAAAGGAGGAAUCAAAGAUUGAAGUGCCUUGCGAACUUGUUGACAAAGAUCACCCUCUUCUCUACCGUCCUUUCAUCUUUUCUGAUUACAUUUCCUACUUUGUUUCCAAGUUAUCCGACGAUGCUCUUGAGAUUUAUGCAGGAAUUUGACCCUUUUCUUUUUUCUUUUUAAUUCAUUGAUUCACAGUGUAGUUUUGUGAAAGACAUCAAUGUUAAUGCAUGCGCUGGUCUAUUUAUUGAUAA